AUGGGAGGGGAUCAAGCUCUUAAGAUUUCUUCCAUUCUCGGUUAUUCUGGCCAUUCAAGAGUUGAUGCCAUGGGUUUUCGCGGUGGAAUUUGGGUGUACUGGCGGCCUGAGUUUGUCACUGUAAGCCCCAUCAUAAAACAUAAUCAACAUAUUACAAUGGAAAUAUCUAGAGUGGGCGCUACUCCUUGGUAUUUUUCGGCUAUUUAUGCGAGCCCUGAUCCAUUGAAAAGAAGGGAAUUGUGGGAGGAUCUUAAGAAGUUUGCGACUUCUCAUAACAAACCUUGGAUGUUGGCUGGUGACUUUAAUGAUACAAGGUUCCCUUCCGAAAGAAAUAGUUCCUGUUCCAAAACCACGAGAAGGUCUAAAAAAUUUAAUGCGUGGAUUGAGGAUAUGGACUUAUUAGAGGUUGAAUUCUCCGGAGCAGCUCAUACUUGGGCGCGUGGUUUAAAUCCUGAAACAAGGAGGAGUGGUCGGCUAGAUCGAGCACUAUGA